AUUCUCCUUGUUCUUUCUAUGGGUCUAGAACUUUUUAGCAUAUGAAAAUCUUCGUUCAAAUACUUGGAACAUCGACAGUUGACUCAACGCCGUCUGUAUUGUUAUUUCUUGACAAGAAACGAUAUGUUUUCAACUGCGGGGAAGGGACUCAGAGGUUUUGCUCCGAGUACAAAAUCCGUCUUUCGAAAACGAAGUUCUUUUUUUUUACACGCCUUUCCUGGCAUCAUAUAGGUGGCUUACCGGGCAACAUCUUGACCGUUAGUGAUGAAGGUGUAUCUGGAUUGGAGGUAUACGGGCCUAGCAAUUUACUCAACCUUAUUAAAUCGACUCGUUACUUUGUUUCUAGAAACGAGUUUUCUUUAAAGGUUAAAGAAUACCGUUCCAUUCAGUGUCAUAUUACAGACGUGUUUCAAGAUGAGUUCAUUCAGAUCAGGCCUAUACUUAUUUGCAAGCAAAUUCAGAAUGUCGUAGGUAAUAACGGUCAUAACAAUUUGCAACCUCUAGAGGACAACGCAUUUAAGAAAGAUCAAUACGAUUGCGAACACCAGUUUGCAUUAGGGACUGGAAUGGCCAUUGAACCGACUGUAUCAGACCAGGGGGAGGAUAGAGACGGCGAAUGUUAUAUUCAACUUAAACAAGAGAAUACUCGAAAUUGUAAUAGUGAAUUGGCACGAAAAAUGGCGGAUAGCUCAAAAUUGAUAUCGGAAACAAAGCCAGUGGAUUCUAUUGUAUGUUAUGCAUGUCAUUUACCCACUAUUCCCGGGAAAUUUGAUCCCGAAGCAGCAGACAGGUUAGGCGUACCAAAAAAUCAGCGAUGGGUACUUGCACAAAAUAAACCUUUAUUGAUCAAGGAAAAUGUGACUGUAUAUCCAAGUCAAUGCGUAGGGCCUGAGAUACCUGGAAGGGUCGUUAUUAUAGUUGAAUGUCCGAACGAAAACUAUAUGAAUAACUUAGUAAGACAUGAUGCUUUUAAAAUUUAUCAAACUAAUGGAAACGAGCAAGGUGAAUUUUACUAUCAAGUAGCUCUGAUGAUACACAUGGUACCAAAUCUUAUAUUGACAAACAAAAGAUAUACAGAAUGGAUGAAAUCUUUUAAUCUUAAUGUUGAACAUAUAAUUAUCAAUGCUGAUUGUUGCAAAAAACCGAUUAUAUUCCGUUCGAGUGCCCUGUACCAAGCAAAACUCUAUGCCCUUCGACCAGAUAUUUUUCAAUUGCCUGCAUCAUCAGAAAGCACAGAUGUUUUGUGGAUGGAGUCCGGUCAAUUCCCUCAAAGAAUGACCGUAGCACAGCCACUACUUAAAGUUAUGUUAGGAUCGCAGUCAGUUAAAAUAGACGACUCUCUUUGUUUUAAAGACUGUACACCGUUCUGCGAUUCUGUUAAUUCAGACACCAUCAAUUUAGGCUCGGAUUCGAAAACACAAUCUUCUUCAAUUCAAGGACAAGGCCCGUUCUCCUCUGAUCCUUUUGAAGUUGUAUUUUUGGGAACUGGAGCUGCAUUACCAAGUAAAUAUCGAAAUGUGAGUUCAACCUUGGUUCACAUUUUCGGCUUUGGCUGCUUAUUAUUAGAUUCAGGGGAAGGUACUUUAGGUCAGCUGUAUCGGCACUACGGUUCAGACUACAAGCAAAUCUUGGCCAAAAUAAAGUGUAUUUUCAUAUCUCACAUGCACGCAGAUCACCAUCUCGGGCUAAUCCGCAUCGUACUGGCGAGACAAGAAUGUGGGGAAGUUGAGCCUAUUGUUGUAAUAGGACCACCUCAAUAUAACCUUUUCCUGAUGGAAUACAACCAAGUAGAAAGUUUCAGCUACGAAUUCAUAAAUGCAUACGAUUUUUCUUGGAACGAAAAAAUGGGUGCCAAGCCCUGCCACGACACGCUGAAAAAGCUCGAAACGAUGCUUGGAAUUACCGCGAUAUUGUCUAUCUUGGCUAUUCAUUGCGAUAGUGCAUUUUCAUUUGUAAUUGAAUACAAAAAAAAAUGGAAAAUUGUAUUUAGCGGAGAUACAAGACCAAACCCGGUAUUGAAUAAAGCAGGCCAAGGGUGUCAGUUGCUAAUUCACGAGGCAACAUUUGAAGACGAACUGAUUCAAGAGGCGGUGAAAAAAAAACAUUCAACGGUUAGUGAAGCCGUAAGUUCCGGGAUAGAGAUGAAAGCAGAAUAUUUGAUUAUGACACAUUUCUCACAGAGAUACCCAAAAAUUCCAAUUCUAGCUCAAGAAGGCCAAGAAAAAAUUGGAAUUGCGUUCGACCUGAUGAAGGUAAGGAUGUCGACUAUAGCUUGUUUGCCUGGGCUGUUGUCCGAGCUUAGGCGAAUUUUUGAAGAAGAUGCAGAAAACGGGAAAAAAAGGCCAAAAAACUGCCAGUGCAAACAAGAGUGCAUAGAGAGUGCAAAAAAAAAAAUCUUUCGGUGA